GAUGAGUAGUAGCAAAUUUCUCUAGUAUUGAGGUGGUUGACUGCGUCUAAUCCUGCAAUGUCUUUAUUUCUUUAAUUUCAAUGUGUGUAGACUUGAUGGCGACUGUGGUGGAGAGUUUAAAUAAGUACGUACAAGAGUAAAGACUGCACGAGUCAUUGUUAAGGGGCAAGGCUCUCCUGCCGUCAAGCUAAUCCUUCAGUUUAGUGUGGCCAUCACAGCCUUACGAUCAAGUCGUGAUCCCUGCUCCUAUCACUGACAUCUAAGAUUAACGGCACAAAGUAGCGCAAUUCAACAUGGGAUUAAAUGGAAAGCAUUUUCAGAGACCGCUGUCAAUGGAAGCAGAUAUGAAGAAGAAGAAAAGGAAGAAGAGGCGCCAGCUCUACGUCGAAUACGACGCUUGAAAUUGUUUCUGCUGGUUAUUGGUGUUGGCGUUGGGUACACGUCUGCUGGAGGGAUGAUGCUUGCUUGGCCCAACGUGUUUGCUGUGCAUAUGAGUGAGACUAAUUCAACGAUCUACGGCACCGAAAUCCAUUUAGACAGCGUGCAGAUGGAUAUGAUAUCCAGUAUGGUUUUUGUGGGCUCAAUGCCGGGACACCUUUUGGCUGGAUGGCUCGUGGGAACCAUAGGGAGGCGAAAGUCGAUGAUAGCAGCUGGUAUACCGACAAUCCUGGGCACUCUUCUCGUGGCGCUGAGCUAUAACUCCUACAUGCUCAUCUUUGGCAGAUUCCUUGAAGGAGUAGCCUUUGGUAUGACGUUAGUCUCAUCGAGAACUUAUAUAGUAGAAAUUGCUGGUCUCAAUUCCCGUGGCGCUGCUUCUGUGAUAGUCAACGUUAUGACGCAGUUGGGGAGUCUCAUCAUACUAGGCCUAGGCAUUGUGUUCUCCUGGUACUACGUUGCUUUUGUUAGCUGUGGCACCAUGCUCACUUACUGUUGCCUUAUAAUCCCCUCUGUGCCUGAGAGCCCUGCUUACCUAGUUGUCAAUAAGAGAGAAACAGAGGCUUUAGCAGUGCUCCUCCAACUUCGUGGUCCGAACGCAGACAUCCACGAGGAGUUGAGACACAUCAGAAACAUGAAUGAACUAAAUGGCAGCAAAAGGGAAGGCUUCAGAGGACUCUUGCACCCAUCAUACUUGAAAACAUUAUUGGUCCUUUUCUGCCUUUUCUUCAUCGCCAACUUUAGCGGGGUGCAAGUUCUGAAAUCGAACACAGUGCGCAUGUUGCAGUCCUCUGAACUGAAGGUCAACAGAAGCGUGAGCGCCAUAGUAGUUACAGUGGCGCUCCUCGUCGGGAACUCCAUCAUGAUGCUAGUGCUGGACAAAAUAGGGAGACGCUAUUGCCUCAUCUCUUCCUUUUGUCUCAUAGCUGUUGCUUACUACUGCCUCGGCUCUUACUAUUACAUAAUGGAUUAUAGUCACUUGAACCAAGAACUACAUAUUAAGAACCUUCUUCCCGUGACGUCAAAUACCACAGUUGCUUACGACAAUAACUCAAGCGCUGGCGCAGAAACCUUUAAUUGGUCCUGGGUUCCUAUGGCGUGCCUCAUGUUGGCUGCAUUAGGCCAAUCAACGGGCGCGGGACCCAUUCCAUAUAUCUUCAGCUCAGAGUACUUCCCUGCAAAUGUCAGGUCUCAGGGAAUGAGUGUCUGCUCAACAAUGAGCGGACUGCAGUCCUUUGCUGUUCUGCAACUCUUCAGUCCUUUGCAAGAUAAUCUGACAAGUGGAGGGCUAUAUUGGGUUUAUGCUGCGGCAGCAACAGUUGGCAUCCCUUACACAAUCUUCUUUAUUCGAGAAACGAAAGGCAAAAGAGUUGGAUAAAAUUUGAGAAAGUCAAAACCAGUCAAGUAGCUGCUGCGUGCCCCAAGUUCUCUCUUCCAUGACACAAGUGAAAGCCCGAGAAACCCCUUCUGCAAGGACCACUACAUUCACCCCCAACCCUUCAACUUUGCAAUGACUGACGAGAUGUGACGAAGAGUUGGAGGGGUCCAAAAACUUUCUGACCCAAGAGUUAUAUUGAGUUGUUCAUAGUCAAACAGAAGGUGUCUUGAGGUAAGAAAAUGAACAUGUCAGUCAUAUGAAAAUAUGUCAGGACUAGAUUUGAAACUGAGUUCAAGUUACUUAAAACACCAGACUCUCGGCGGCCUCAUCUCUAGUCCUUGUAGCCGGGUGUAGGUAGACCCAGUACCGAUAUCAUAUAGGUUGUAUAAUACGAAUGAUGACAACAUGUUAAAACAGAACUCAGGGAACUGAUGCGGGGCACAUUUAUCUAACGUUACAAUGUUACUAUUAAUAUCAGCUAAAAUGAAUUACACUUCUUAGUGAAAUCAUUAUACGUGAAUUAACGCACAACUAAAUUAACAAUUGAAUAAAAAGCCCACCCCUGUAAACUACAUACAGGAAACCAGCACACACCGCUUAUGCCUUUUAUUUUUAGUUAGGACUUUUGCUUUUAUUAAGAUUCAGUUAAAAAGAGCUAAAAUAAGGGCAGAGCUUACAGAACAUAGCCAGCACUUAGAAUUACACUAAUAAGAAGAGGAAAUUUAACAAGGAUAUCUCAUUUUAGGGACUGAGCUUUUUACCAAACUUAUCCAGUGUGCUCCGUGAGUAGGAAACAUUAAAGAACUUCACACGGAAGAGUGACGUAUGUAAGUCUGAAAACCAUAAGAACUGAAAAUACAGGCAUUAAAUGAAAAUAAGUAAAUAAAAAUAUAUUCCGUCACGUACCGGGUGACUGAUCUAGUGUCAAGACGAGGGUUAGAUGACCAUAUUCCCUUCUGGAGCUAAGAGAAAACUUAAAAGAAGAAGAAAAACGCAAAAUUCACGAUAUGUUCGUGCUUGAUCCCACUCUGAAUUUAGACAAAUGUAGGAGGUGUUACCCAGUGGCUUAAUGACGCUCAAAAAGUCACUGCCUCUGACUCUCGGUGGGAAAAAGUAGGAAAGAGGGAUAUUGCGACUCAGGAAGUCGCCUUUGGUGAGUAUACAGUCGUCAAAUGUAUGCUGAGAAACGAAUGAACUUCCCUUUGUAACACCGUCACUCACCGCUUGGGUUGUCAGCUUUCUCUUGCGUACAAGGAGGACGGACAUUUGUUCGAGGUUGUUACUGUUUGUUACCCAAUUCCAUCUGGUCGCUGCAUUUAUGUCGAGGACUUUCAUCUGGGUAUGGUUUAUUUUGCUGAGGUAGUGAAAUCCUUAUUGGCUUUUGACUAAUGUCAUCUAAAUGGAAAAUUGUUCUGUGAGAUGAUGACAUAUUUGUGCAGAUGGGAAGUGAAGUGGAGAACUCGAGACUUAGCCUAUUUCUAUUUUCCUACUCUAGGUGAAGUUCUUUGCUGUUGUGUUUUUCAUCAAUGUGAUGUUUUUCAUUUAUUGGAGUAAUUUUUUUUUCUUCCUUUUGUGAUGUAUAAUUAUGUACAAUAAACUUUGUUGAACUUU